GCUUCAUAAUUCUAUCUCUUCCUACAUAUCGCCUACUCUAGAAAUCUCACAAUGCACAUUUAGUCUUUCCUCGAAGAUUGAUACAAUAAUCCAUAUACAAUGGCAACCACGAUCCAUGAAACUCCAGAAUGGGAGACUCCAACACCCAAAAAAUCCUUCCUCGACAAAUACAAUCUCUUUUCAAAACCGCAAUCGACCCUUCCUACCACGAAAGAGGGAUCUUCGGAUUCAUCGGGGAAUGCUGUUGCGACAGAAACCUUUGGAAAACAUACGUUGGUUGAGCGAUUCAAUAAUGUAUUGCCUGCGAAUCGCACAUAUUUUGGACGGAGUCGCAAGGUGCUUCUGUUGAUUGUAGGAGGUGCAAUUCUAUUAUUACUUGCUUUGAUUCUGGGGUUGGGCCUUGGUCUUGGCUUGAAGCAUUCAUCGUCGAAAGCGUUACCUCUUCCAUCAAAUGGUGGUAUAUUCACAGGAGACCUUACAUAUUAUGCACCCGGUCUCGGCGCAUGUGGAAUUACAUCCUCAUCAUCUGAAUCCAUCUGCGCCGUGUCCCACAUCAUCUUUGAUGCCGCUUCAACAAGUUCGAACCCUAAUGCCAAUCCUCUUUGCGGGAGAAAGAUCAGAAUCACUCGACAGAAAGCAUCGGGAAGCGGAAACAAUACUGUUGAUGUAACGGUUGUUGAUAGAUGUGUUGGAUGCAAAGCCGAGGAUUUGGACUUGAGCAUAACGGUUUUCGAAAAGUUGGCAUUGGAAGCAGAGGGCAGAGUUACAGGAAGUUGGGCUUGGCUAUAGUGAGCUACAAAGCGGGACAAAUUUUGAGCGAUGUCAUUUAAUGUUAGAAUACCCCGGAUUUUCAUCUUGUUCUUUUUUUGCGGGGGUUUAGUAUACGAUUCA